CAAAGCCCCAAGAAUUGCAAGAAAAAUAAAACUUUUGCUUUCAACUCCAAAACUUCAAAUGCCUUCCUCUUCGAUUCCGUGCAUCUCUCUCUUCCCAAAUUUCGUUAUCACGUACAGAAUUCCCUUCACUCUCGUAUACUUGUUCUUCAUUUUUUUCCUAAUUUCUAUAAUCAGGAUUCUUUUGUUUUCUGUUUCGAAGUUCAAUACAUCCUUCUUUUCGAUCCUUCUGUAUGAACCUAUCAAUCAGAAAAGGAGAGAAAAAGGGCAUCUUUUUCUAUCAAUCUUUACAAUUUACCUUCGCUUUCUUUUUCAUGGCGGGAACUUUGAUAUUGGCGGGAAGUUAUUGACUAAAAUAAUCAAGCCUGAGACUUUUAUGCAUUUGAAUUUUUGGUUUUGCUAUAUAUAAAAGUAUAUAAAGAAAAAUGCUUUUUGAUUGUUUUCUUGAUUCAAUGGCGAAUCCAUCUGAUACCCAUCAUCAAGAAGAAGGCAAUCAUGCUUCUCCAUCUUCUUUAAAUGGUGCAAGUAAUCCAACUAAUUCUGGGCCUGAAAUCUCUGCUACAAACUUGAAACAUAACCCUGGUAUCUCUACAGGUUGGACCUUGGAAGAUCAAGCAAUUCUUGAAGGUUUGCCUGCAGAAUUGAGCGUAAUACGUUCUCCAAAAAUAGCAGUGCAGCUGCAAAAUAAGGCUGCUUGCAAUGUUGCAAUGCGCUGCAGAUGGAUGGCUAAAAAGGAAUAUAGCAAGAGGAGAAAGGAAAAGCUAGCAAGGAAAAACAAAGAUAAAAAGUUUCAUUUUUGGUUGGCAACUCGAUGGUCCGGCAUCACAAGUCGGGAUGUCAAUUGCUGAAGCCAAGAUAUUGCACAUAGGUUCUUAAAAUUCAGCAUUGGGCUAAUACUGGGAUAAUUUCAAACUUCAGGCAGCUCUGUGCUAUGUACCAGAUACAAUUUUAUGAUAUCACAUUGAGAAGAACGCAUGCCAUACUUAUGUACAUGAUAGUUAAUAUUUGUAGAGAUAAAAAUUUGUAAGAUAUACAUAUAAGUGUUUACACACUUAAAUUUGUACUUAAUUAUGU